CUUUGCCGUCACAUUUUUCUUUUUUAGGUUAGUUUUCAGUUUUUAAAUUAAAAGAGUUUAUAUUUUAAAUUAAUCUGUUUACAAUGGAAGACAAGCUGAAAGCAUUUGCCAAAGAAUUAUUUAAAAUUGACGCCAUAAAAUUCGGCGAAUACAAAACGAAAAUCGGCCUGAUGACACCUGUUUAUUGCGAUUUAAGAGUAAUUGUUAGUUAUCCUAAAUUGCUGGAAACCCUAGCUGAACUAAUGAUUUGGAAAAUUGGCAAUAUAAAUAAUUACAACAUAAUAUGUGGUGUGCCUUAUACUGCUUUGCCCAUAGCCACUGUAGUUUCCAUCAAAAGUAAUGUAUCUAUGGUGAUGCGCAGGAAGGAAGCCAAGGAUUACGGCACAAAAAAACUGAUAGAAGGAGUUUUUAAACCUGGUGAUAACUGCCUAAUCAUCGAAGAUGUAAUUACAUCUGGCAGCAGCAUACUUGAAACAGUAAAAGAUUUAACUAAUUCAGAGCUAAAAUGCACCGAUGCCAUCAUAUUAUUGAACAGGGAACAAGGCGGGGAAGCUUUUCUCAAAAACAACGGCAUCAAAAUGCAUGCAUUAUUCAAUCUAACGCAACUGAUGGACAUUUUACAAGAAGCUAAUUACAUAGAUUCUCUAAUGGUACAGAAAGUUAGAGACUACUUAGCUACAACAAAAGUGGAUGAAUCAUUGUUGAACAAAAAUGUAUCUCAAAAUAGAUUGAAAAUGUCGUUCGAGGACCGAGAGAAGUUAGCGAAAAAUCCAGUAGCCAAACGAUUGUUUGAAAUAAUGCGGAACAAACAAACUACACUAUGUGUCGCAGCCGAUAUCCUUUCCGCUACAGACUUAUUGAAUUUCGCAGAAGCGGUUGGGCCUCACAUAUGUGCUCUCAAAACGCAUAUUGAUAUAGUGGAAGAUUUCAAUCCCAAUUUGAUCCAACCUCUGCAACAAAUCGCCGACAGGCACAACUUUGUUUUGUUCGAAGACAGAAAAUUUGCGGAUAUUGGUAAAACGGUCGAAUACCAGUACAGUAAAGGGUUAUACAGCAUAUCUUCGUGGGCCCCUUUGGUUACUGUGCAUUCCUUAAUGGGUCCAGGCGUGCUGGAUGCCAUUAAAAGCAGCGAUGGGGCGAAAGCAAGAGGGGUGUUUUUGUUAGCCGAAGCUAGUUCAGCGGGUAAUUUAAUAUCAGAAAAUUACACGAAAGACACCAUUAAAAUGGCUGAACAAUAUCCAGAAUUAAUAACAGGGAUUGUAUGCCAGAGUCCUCUGUUUACGAACAAUCCAGGAUUCAUUCAACUUUGUCCAGGAGUUCAACUAGAAAACAAACAAGAUAAUUUAGGUCAGAAAUAUAAUUCUCCGUUGACGGUGGUUCUGGAAAAGGGUGCUGAUGUGGCUGUAGUAGGUAGAGGUAUAAGUCAGGCGCCAGAGCCCGCUGUAGCUGCCGAGAAAUAUAAGAAAAUCUUAUGGAACGCCUACCUCGAAAGAAUCAAAACUCGCGUAGAUUAACUUAGGUAUUUUCGAAUAUUUUUUACAUUCCACUUUCCUUGUAGGAUUCAAAAAAUAAUUUAGUUGGAAUCGUUGGAUUUUAAACAAUGAAAAUUUAUAUUGUUUUCGUAUAAUAAAUAUAAUUAAAUAAUAUACAUUACAAAGUCG